CAAUUGUUUCAGUGCAGCCCACGUGGAAAGUGAAGUAGCACUAGCAGUGAGUAGCACAGUAGCAGGGCUUGCUCGUCCACACAUUUUUGUUUUUCCAGAUUUGAUGCUAGAUCAUGACCAAAUAAGAAGUUGAGGAUGGAACCUAACCGCUUUGCGACAGAUGCACAAGAAGAACUUGCCGACUUCUAUUGUGUACUAACAAUGGUCUUAGAUGAUCUCGUGGAUCAGGUUGGUGGUUUAUCGAAGAUUGAAACGGUCAAGAUGGCAUUGAGAAAGAUCUCCGAGAUGUACAAAGGGGGACUUUCCAUCGCUUCUACCCACUGUCGUUCCGAUUGGAGUGACCCAGCAAACCGCUGUGCCUACGUCUUCCUGUACUUGAUGCAGCACUGUCAUCUUGUGUACUUCUCACUUGAACAGGACACAUCAAGGAUCUUGAACAGUUGGUGCAACAAGAGUAGCUUGAAGGUUUGCAGCAUCGGAGGCGGGCCUGGGUCAGACCUGGUUGGCUUGACAACCUUCCUCCAUAAGAAAGGAAUCUUCCCGCCUUCCUUGGAGUGCCGUGUCUUGGACUUGUACCCGAACUGGAAAGUCACCUGGGACAAGAUACACCCAUGCAUUCCUGGCAACUUCAGAGUAACGUACGAAAGAUGCGACGUUGUCAGAGAUGCAGACCUUACCACCCCUACUCGUCGAUUCAUCCGACAGGCUGACAUGCUAACCUUUGUGAAGGUCUUCUCCACAGUGUCUGCUUUCUUCCAAGAAGACCCACGGCGUGGGGAUUUCGUUCGAUCGAUUCUCCGUAAAAUAAAGCAGGGCUGCUUUGUGCUGUACAUUGACAACGAGCACGACAGCGACGCUCACUUUGAGCGAGAAUUUGCAUCCCCAGUUGGACUGGGUAAGGUGUUUGAAUUCCGAGGCGAACUCACCUUACCUCUCGGAGAGUACUCGAGCACCGUGGAAAAAUACCGUCGCAUUCUAGAUUACUCUCCGUUGCGUAGCUGCAAUGUCUUGAUCCAGCUUUACGAGAAGUUGGCAGUUCAACCGGCUCGUCGACCAGGUGCCAUCUCCCAGGACAGACAAACCCGAAUCCCACCACAACAUUUUGGUCCUUCGCUUGACCAGAUUCAGCGUGGUUUACAUCGCCGGAACCCAUGGGGCAGCCACUAUUGCUACAACGACUAUGGCUAUGACUACAACAACAGCUAUGGCCAGUAUGACUGCCACCGUAGCUACUAUGGCUACGGCCACUGGCCACGACGACAGCCACCGUGGCUAUGAGGACAUCACUGCGAAGACAGCUUAUAUGGGUACGACGGUGACAGCAACGAUUGGCAGGAUUAACAGCGCCACCUAUUUUAUGAUAAUGCCAGUGAUCGUGGUCUAACAAUGGUGAUGACGAUUACAACGUUAACAGCUACAAUAGUAACAACAGCUUUAACGUUUAUGACAGCUACAAUGGACACUUGAUAAUGGAGAAAAUUGUAAUUUUAUAUACAUCUCAUUUUAGGCAGAAACCCCAAUGUUACAGCUAUUUCAGCACCAAACGUUACCAGAAUUUUGGAAAUUUUGCCAUCGUCAAUUGUAUUUUCUUUGGUGAUUCUUGUUUCAGUACAUUACUGUAAGCAAAUGAGCAAACUUUUCUCAGUUUUUUUUUCAAUGAGCAAAUGUUU